AUUGUAAAGAUUGUAACGUUUUAUAGCGGUUAUACAAGGCUGCUGCAAUGAGGUUCAAUGCAAAGGAGCUAGCUGCACUAGCCGUGCAACCGUCACAGAAGUUUGACAAGGAAGGGGUUCUUCUCUUUAAAGAGAAGCAUGAUGGCUUCUUUAAGCGUAGUGAAGCGUUUGUCGAGCGCUGGUGUCGACUGAGAGGAAACCUUCUCUUUCUAUUCCGAUCCAAAGACCAGUGCUCAGAACCAUAUGGCAUACUACUUCUGGAGCGAUGUACUGUGGAACUGGAUCUAAAGGAGGAGCUACCCUUCUCAUUUAUUAUUAUAUUCGAGGAGGACUCACGCGUGCAUCAGCUGGCUGCGCAGUCGGAGGCGGAGCGUGACUCGUGGAUGGAGGCGUUGCAGCUGGCCAGCUACGAGUGCAUGAGGUGCCAGCUGGUGAGCCUGCAAGAGCAGGUACAGGCACGCCUGAGCCGGCUGGAGGCGAGCAGCAGCGGGCAGCCUUCCUCCUCGCUCGCCUCGCCACAAGAAGCCAUUGCGGAGCCGCUGUUUGAGAUGCGAUGGCCGACGCCAAACUCGCUCGUCAAGGUCAGCAUGAUGACGCCGCCCGAGCUAUACUGGCGCCCCCACGGCCAGACGGAGGUCAUCGACGGCAGCAGCAACCCGUUCUUCCUGACGACGCUCGCGUUCGACUCGGCGUCGCGCGUCGCCAUGACGACGCGCGUGCGCCUGCGCAUCUACGACGUGCGCGAGCGCAUGACCGACGUCAUGACGCUGCUCGGUGGCGCCACCUUCACCAUCGCGCAGUAUCGCCAACAUGGAGAGCAAAGCCGGCUGCGCGUUCGCGCUCGCGUCGCUCGACGAAGCCCGCGUCGGAUUCGUCACCGUGCAGGCGUGGCAGCUAGAGAGCUUCGCGGCGCGCGGAUGGGGCCGCGGGCGGCAGCGGCGUGCGCCCUCACGGACGCGCUGCACGCGGACGUGAUCUCGCGCACGUUCCGCUUCCCGUCGGGCCUCGGCGCCGAGAUCAGCGUGCGCGAGUACAUGGCCGAGAGCCGGCUCUGCUUCCCCGUCACCUGCCGGCUGCUGCAGGUGAGACUGGCAGAGGAGGAAGAAGCCAUGAGGAGGCUGGAGAGUCUAGGAGAGAUGGCGGCAGAGUGGGAGGUGCUGCGCGAGGAGAGACUAGACCAUCACAAGCUGCUCACAAACACCUACUCACAAGCACUGGCCUACAUGAUUAAGCAUGAAGGUCCUCAUUUCAAACGUAGCAUACAGAAGGGAGAGAGGAGUUUGGAGUUUGUGCCAACGAACAUGCACAUGCAGCGCAUGACCAUUCGCAAUAACACACUCAGUAAAGUGGGUUGCUAUGACAUCUUAACGGUCGGAGCGUUUACGGCGUACAGCCAGCGGUACAAGCAUGGCGGCCUUCAGAGAAUCAUAAAGCAUUUCAAGGAUGCCUGCAUCAAGACCUCAGACAAUCUCAGCUACAACUUAUCGUUGUCGAAAGUGAAGAAAGCGAAGGAAAUCCUCCAGAAUGUCGUUGUCAUGGAGACAGCAGUCAUGGAGGCCAUCGAUGCCAUCAUGGCCGCCGUACACAGCCUUUCUCUAGACCAGCUCAUCGACUGUGCAGAGACCCUGAAUCAGACGACGAGAGAGUUGUACGUGCUCUGCAGCUUCCCGAUCCUCGACGAAGCCAAUCAGGUGCUGCUGAGUGCGCAGCCGCCCACCGAGGGGGCGCCACCAAGCGUCGCUGCGGUGUCGGCGCGCGUGCGCACGCUCAGCGGCGGCAGCGAAGACGCGCUGACGCCGCGCCGCAUCCGCGACUGCAUCCGCCGCAUCUCCGAGUCAUCGGCGUCGGCGGCGGGCCCGCCGCCAGUGGCUCCCCCUGCUGGGGAGGGCGCGCAGAGCCUGCCGACGUCAGUUUCCUGCUUGGUGGCACCACUCGAUCGCCUUGACGGCGGCGGCGACACAGACGCUGUGUCGAACCCGAGCGCGGCCUCCGCAGGGGGCGCCACCUCUGAUACGGAUGAGUCGUCGUCGAAGUUCAGUGGCGAAGGCGGGCGGCCAGAGUGCAGCCCAGCGGUCAGUGUGGGGAACGCAGCGGGCAGCCCACCGGUCAGUGCGGGGGACGCGGCGGGCAGCCCAGCGGUCAGUGUGGGGGAUGCAGCGGGCAGCCCAGCGGUCAGUGUGGGGGACGCAGCGGGCAGCCCAGCGGUCAGUGCGGGGGACACGGCAGGCAGUGCGUCAGAAAUAAUCGCGGGCAAGGAUGAAAGCCUCGUGGCGACCGUGAUCUCCGGCCCGCCGGAGGUUGGCCGCCUCGCCUCCCCCGACGCGACGGCUUUGUCGUCGGAGACCUCGUCGUCAUCGAGGUCGUCGACGGAGGCGCCCUCUACAGCCACGACGCCGUCCACCCCGUCGGUGAGCACGCUGAGUAGUCCGUCGCGGCGCGCGGACGACGACGGCAGCGGGGACGGCCCGGGCGACCGGCUGGUCAGCACUCCAGACACCGCGGGGCCGAACAAGUGCCGCGUGUGGACGGCGGCCGGUCGGUGGUCGGUCGAGGAGAAUCAGUCGUGGGAUCUCAGCCGGCUGAACGUGGAGGCGAACCUAGUCUGCAUCGUGUCAAAGGUGGACAGCCUGAUGCGUGUGUCGGGCGGCGGCGGUGGCGGGGGCGGCGGCGGCGGUGCUGGUGGCCGCACGGACGAGGCGGUGAGCUGGCGUGAGGAGCUCGAGCCGUACAUCGUCAAACUGCACGACGCCGUGAGCGCCACCUGUGGCAAGAUCCGUGCGGGCCUGACGACGCUCGUGCUGAAAGAGGAGUCCAGCAGAAACCUGACUACGGCACAGACGAUACAGUACCGGCAGGAUGUUGUCUUCACUCAAGCCGUGACGUCUCUCGUCGUCGCCUUCAUGACGCGCGUCUGGUGCCAGCCGCUCGACGACGCCUACUGCUCGCAGCUCGUCAAGCUCGGUGUGCUCGCGCAGUUCGAGAGCCUGCUGAGUUGCUAUGGCGACGAGACGGGGAUGCUGGAGGACAUGGUCGUCGCCGUGCAGGAAUUGAGGAACGUGCGAUUCGUGCUGUCGUCGGUCGAGACCGAGCGUUGCGCGUCGUAUGACGUCGAACCGGAGAUCUCGCGCCACAGUGCCGUCCUAUUGGUUAGAAUUCCUGUGCCAAAAUGCGUGUUUGUGAAUCUACGGGAGGAGCUUCAGCAUGGUCACAUGAUCAUCGUCGUGCCACUGCUAUUUAGCAUCGGCAUUAACGAGAAUGCCACCCUCGCUGAAAGGUUCGGCGACACAUCUCUGCAGGAGCACAUAAAUGCUGAAAACCUAGAGAAGCUGAAAGGCUACUGGGAAAAGUUCAAGGAUCUCACGACAACUCCCAUACACAGAAGGAGGUCACGCCAUGACAGCGGCAACUCCGUCCUGCUGUCUCUCUUCAACCAGCUGCAGACCAGCGUGGCACAGAAGACGUCGAAGAACGUCGAGAUACUGCACUUGGCAGCGCAGGUCAGCCGGAAGAUGAAUGGUCUGCGUUUCACCAGUUGCAAAAGCGCCAAGGACAGGACUGCGAUGUCUGUAACACUGGAGCAGUGUCACAUUCUCCAGCACGAUUUCUGUGUCGAAUCGCAGGAGAGCAGCGCCGUAUUAGAUUGCAUGCGAAGCGAGGGCGUGCGCCGUAAAAACACGGUGAAGAACACGGGAUGCGACAAGUACGCGUUCAACGCCUUCCAGAUGAUGACGUUUCCGAGGGCCUACCGACCGCCGAGCGGUACCUUCGGCUCCAACGUCACGUAGACGGGCAGACCGACCCCGGUGCGGGCGCCCCACCCACUGCCGACCCCGGGCAGCCGUCCACCGCUGACCCGGCGCGGUCGCCCACUCUGACGGCGAUGGUGGCUACUGCUAAGCGCGCAGAGUACUCCGUUUCUACGUGUGCGCAUUUUCAAGGACGCACGGCGGCCGCCACUUGCUUGCUGUUCUUUUGGUUUGCAUUUUAUUUUCGCCAGUUGGUGGCGCUGCCGCCGCAGUC